GGUUACGCCGAACUGCCCAUACUCUCUGGCGCCAAUUUUUUUCCGCCUUCCCGCGCACGAGGACAUAGAGGAGUAGUAGUAGUAGAAAGGAGUAAAGCGAAUUGCAAACGGAGAUUCAAGGAGAAGGGAGGUCCGGAGACAAAUCAUAUCGGAUCAGAUCAGAUCAGAUCAGCAAAGAUGUUGCCGAUGAUGAAAUCAAUCCUGGCCGCACAAUUUUGGAACCAAGAAGUGGAAUCCACGCAGUCAUUGAAUGCCGUUGCAAGAACGCUCCCCAGCGAGCCGCCUCCAAUAGGAAUGACUCAGCCGACGAAGCUCUGCAGGGCUCAGCAAUUGCUAUUGCUACAGCGCCUCCUGGCUGUCCCUUUCACGCCGUCGUAUGCCGUCGAUAAUGAUGAAGGUGGAGGGUUGGUUCUUGAUCGUGUAAUCUCAAGCGCUGGUGGUCUUGACUGGUGGGCCACUCUGACAGGCAGGCUGCGUGCCCAGCGACUGCUUUGCCGGGGGAAGGAACAUCGGCGGUCGGACAAGUCAGGCAGCGAGGAGGACAGCUUCGCCAAGAGACUUGUCGAUCCUUCUCUCUAUGCUUUAUGUGGAAGUGCUCGGGCACGGCUGAGUGCAAGUACGAUUCUCAGCGCAUGUGGUGAGCUCGGAUCGUUGAAAGGUCUCUUCCCCUGUGCCAAGAAUGAAGAUGGCGUUUUCCAGUCAGGGAUAUUGCCGUUCAGGGGGCGCGCCUCUCUGCGUCACAAGUUUGACCGCCAUCAACUUACUUUGGAGACUGCAUUCCAUGAGCGGUGUGUUGAUCGGGAGGCUCAUUACUGGGAUGUACCAAGGGCUGUUUCUCUGGAUUUGGCAUCUGUGAGAGCGCCAGCAGGAAUUCGGUACCGGGUAGGGGUGCACAAGAUUUCAGAAGCAGUUCAGAGCUGUGACAAGAGCAGGAGCGCUAAGCCGGUUCCACAAGGCGCUCUCCCAGGCACACGUGCACAGGCAGCGAUGUCCAUCGAACGGGAGAUCUCAGUUUGGAAGGACAGAGCGAAAUUGCACGAGAAGAAGGCCCGGCGGCCGUACAACUUGUUUGCUGCUCGGCCUCAGAUCACAAUAGGAGGGAUUGUAGGUGGAUUGGUGAGCAUGCGCCUUUGGGCAGUGGACUCUGCCCAAGCAGUUCUUGGCAGGCCAGUUCAUAAGUUGCAGUUAGUGCCAGCUUCGCUGGCGCCAUUGGCUGGUAAUAGAGUUUCUGCAGACCUAUUUGCAUCACUGGGGGCAACUGCUCAGUUUGGGUCGUUUGAACGGCCUUUCCUUGACCACACAUCGGUUGGUUUCCGGGUGGACAUGGGAGCAGCAACUGCAUUUGCAGCAGCAGCUGCAAGGUCAGUAAAUGCUGUGGGGGAAAACGAUCUGGAUGUCGGACGAAGCGGGCAAGAGCAGGCACAGAAGCGCAGCAGAAGCUUAGAGAGCGAAGGUAUGGAUCAAAGAGGGUAUCCGAUGCUUGCCGUAACGAUGCAACAACAAGUUGCAGGUCCUGUUCGCGCCAGAGUGGAUGCGAGGUUCGGAUUAGAUCCUGUGCGUGUUGGAAGGGCACGGAUGCUUGAGGCAACGUAUGGUGUUGAUGUUGCCUUAGCAUCCAUGGGUGCUGCGAAGCUUGUCAUCUGGUACUCACCGACAAGACGCGAGGGGAUGGCAGAGCUGAGACUGUUGGAGCGCUGAGCAAGGAAGCUUGUGGUUUUGGUUUUAUGGCUGCUGUUAAUCAAGAUGACCACGUUCAGUAGGAAAAUCUGAGCCAUAGCCAUUCCAAGAAACAAUGACAGAGUUCGAUGCUUUUCUCUGUGUCAGCGCCAUACCCACAGCAAGGGACUGGGUGUGAACGUACCAACCGAGGAAAUAGGAGAAAGUGGAGCAGCGGUAGUUUCGUGAGUCGUUUCCUGAGGGUAUCGUCGACAUGGACGCCAGGUUUCUGUGAGUACACCCGAGCUAAGCGCAUGAUAUGGUUUCGUUCCUUGCAAAAUCAUGUCAAAAUGUUUGUCUGAUUGUGCAUUGUGAGGGACGCCUACUUGUGUCCUUCUUGCUGGACUUAGUGAGCUCGUCCGUGGGGGACGUGUUUGGUUUGCGUGGCAGCGAGAGGGGGUGUGGUCGACAUGGCCAUUGAAAAAAUCCCUCUCUCCCGACGUUUCUGUUGAUGCUGUAUGGACGGAUGGGAGAAGGUGGUGCGUUCUAUCCGUUCAGGAGUUAUGGCAGCGUCUGCAAAUCCUGUUGCAGGUAUUGAUCUGUAUGCUGGAAGGUCGGGAGGGGUUGGAGGGCACAGGAGAACAUAACCAUGGAGAGCAAGCAAGCAAGCUAAGAAGGGAGAAACGGGAGAACGCUGAAGGUGGUUGUGCAUGCUGUAACAACUUGGAGGAUCGUUCUGCACCUGGUUUUAUACCAUGCUUGACUCUGAUUGGUCGUGCGCCCGGUUUUAUACCAUGCUUGACUC